UGCAUAUUAGAUUUUUAAAUUUUAUGUGAUGAAGUUGUGAAUCUUUUUAUACCUGUCAAUUUUAAAGAGAUUUUUGGCAUAAACAGUACUACUUGAAUGAAUUUGAAUGUUUAUUUGAAAAAAGUUAUAUUCUUAAUAAUUAAGUGAAAACCGAAUGAUUCUGAUCGGAUUGUUUCGGUAAUAUGUAUAUCCAUAUAUUUAUUUAAUGAAUUACUUCAGAAAUAGAUAUACAUUGAUCAAAUUAUAAAUAUUUAAAUGAUAUAAAUAAUAAGAAAAAUUUUUUCAUAUCAAUGUCAUACGCAUUUGAUUUGCACGAAAGUAUUUACGGUUCUGAACAAUACAAUAAUAAUAAUAAUGAUAAUAAUACAAUCAACGGUAAAAUUUCAUCUAGUCGAACAACAACACCAUUCAAACAAAAUGGUUAUAUGAAAAAAUUCAUACAACAAAAUGAUAUGAGAAAAACAAAAAAAUCAAGUCCAUUAAUUUCUGUGAAUGGUACUGGAGGAGGAAUAGGUGAACAACGAUUUGAUGUACAUUUUAAAGUAUUAUUACUUGGUAAUUCCGGUGUUGGGAAAACAUCAAUACUCAGAGCUCUUGUUGGUGAAACAUUUUAUCAUACUACUAUUUCUACGAUUGGUAUUGACUUAAUUAAACGAAUAUUCACAGUUGAUAAUCAUCGUAUACAAUUGGAAAUAUGGGAUACAGCAGGUCAAGAACAAUAUCAUUCUAUUGUCUCAUUACACUUUCGAGAGGCUAAAUGUUUCAUUAUUGUUUAUGAUGUAACAGAUACAGAAUCAUUUGAAAAAAUACGUAAAUAUUGGCUUGGAUGUUUAGAUGAGCAUAUGGAAGAUGCAGUACCGGUGUUUUUUGUAGCUAAUAAAAUUGAUAUGAUAAAAGAUAAAAAAGUGUCAACGGAAGAAGGUCAACAAUUAACUUCUCAACAAGCAGCUCAUGGAUUCUUUGAGACAAGUGCGAAAACCGGUAAGAAUAUACAAAAUUUAUUUCAAGCAGUCGCUGAGUGUAUGGUAUCUACAUGGGGUGCUCCAAAACGCUGGUAUGAAAUAAACCCUGUGGGUAAUGAUAAUUUAGAUCCGUGGUCGAAUUCUUAUACUCAACGUUACAAGGAUACCGUUCAAUUAGAUCAGAAAAGAAUUCAUAAUAAAGUACAAUGUUGUUUAACACAUUAA